AGCCCCGCCUGCUCUAAGCAGGGGUAGCUCUUGUAGCUUCAGCAGGCUAAAGCGGUUUGUUUGCAGGCUGGUCAGUGUUAUGAGGGCCGAGAUGAUGAUUUACAGCUUCUGGUGACAAAGUUGGCGCCAUGCAGAGACGCCACAGCAGCAACACGGACGGCAUGCCGCCUGAAAGGAACAGGAGUCAAACUCUUGGGUCGGAGAGCAGCCUGGAUGAAGGAGGGGUGUUUGAUUGUCUGAAGCCAGACUCACCCACCUCUCCCCAGCAGCUCUUCUCUGGGCUGGUGGGGGUCUCUGCUGGCACCGUAACCUCAGCCCCCUUCCAGGCUGCUGGACUCGUCCUGGGAUCUCCUCCAGAGGUCUUCAUCCAAAUGACUGCCUCGUCCAGGGAGGAAGGCCCUCACCGGGCAGAGAGCACGCCCUACCAUCCCCGCCCUCCGCAGCACCACCAUCACCACCACCACCAUCAUUUCCACCAGUCUGGACAGCACCGCUCCUCUCUGCUCCAUUCUGCCUCUUCAACCGAGAGACACGGCAGCAGAGAUGAUGGAGGUGAUGAGGCAUCCGCCCCCGCUCCUGCUCUGUCUGAGCUCAAAGCUGUGGUCACGUGGCUGCAGAGAGGACUGCCCUUCAUCCUCAUCCUCCUCGCUAAAGUCUGCUUCCAGCACAAACUUGGUAUUGCUGUAUGCAUCGGCAUGGCCAGCACAUUCGCCUUUGCUAAUUCUACUCUAAAGCACCAGGUGUCACUCCGAGAGGAGAGGUCUGUUUUCAUUACUCUUUGGAUCCUGCUGUUUCUGGCAGGCAACAUUGUCUAUGUGUACUACACUUUCAGUGCUGAGGAGCUGCACAACAGCCUUAUUUUUGCCAAGCCGAACAUCAACAGCUAUGAUUUCUUCGAUCUGAUCUGGGUGGUUGGAAUCACAGACUUUGUGCUGAAGUACAUCACCAUUGCUGUCAAGUGCCUCGUUCUCUUCCUGCCUAAGAUCCUCCUUGCUUUCAAAUCAAGAGGGAAGCUUUAUUUGCUGAUCGAGGAGCUGAGUCAGCUGUUCCGGGCUUUGGUUCCCAUCCAGAUGUGGUACAAGUACAUCAUGGGGGAAGAUCCAUCCAGCAGCUAUUUCCUGGGUGCAUCGUUGAUUAUUAUCUACAGCCUUUGCAAGUCGUUUGAUCUUUGUGGGAGAAUAUCAGGCAUUCGGAAAGCGUUCGUUGUUCUGUGUAGCUCUCAGACGUAUGGUAUGAGAGCCAGCAGUCAGCAGUGCAGUGAAGCAGGAGAUGUGUGCGCGAUCUGCCAGGCUGAAUUCAGAGAGCCAAUAGCUCUGCUCUGCCAGCACGUGUUCUGUGAGGACUGUCUUUGUCUGUGGUUCGACCGUGAACGAACCUGUCCGCUGUGCCGCGCAGUAGUUGUGGAGACACCUCGCAGCUGGAAGGACGGCACCACCUCUGCUCACUUUCAGAUCUACUGACCACAGCGAGUAUCGGGCACAGCGAGCUGGUGGUCUGGGAGGGGAACACAGUCAGUGCACAAGGAAUUUUGUAAUGUUUUAUGAUGCCUGGCAGAACUACCAUCCAAAUCUGUCAUUGCUGACCAUGGAACUACUAUGUAUGAGAGUCAAAGGUCGUCAUUUCCACAUGCGUAGAAGUAUUUUACACAGUUUUUGACUUCGUUCUGAUUGUCGAUGUAAUAUAUUUUAUUCUUGUGGAAAUGAUUUGAGUUUGAAUGAAGUAUUACACAUUUGAAUGAAGUACAUUCAGUGCAUCACUUAUUUUCAGUUUCUGAAUACAGUCAGAUUUGAUGUUUUUGUUUUAUUUAUUUAUCCACUUCGUAAAGCACUGAUGGCUUUUAACACGGACUGCGCCGUCCACAGCUGUUGCUUCGUUGCAAGUAAUAAAGCCCAGAUUUGAUUACUCAGAACUUUUCUACUUAACUGGGGGAAUCGAAUUAUCCCUUUUCUAGAUUUUCUAAGUGAAAAUAAGACACAUCCUCUACAGACAACUUAUGGAAGUCCGGAGAGGCUGUGAGUUAUUGCUAUAAUUUUCUGGAUUGUUAUCUUGAUAUAGCAAGAUAAGUAAGUUGUUAUCUUAAGAUAACUUAUCAGAAGAUUGAGAAGAUAAGUUGUUAUUUCAGGAUAACAAUUUUGUCAGCUUGAGAUAACAAGAUAACUUAUCUCAAGAUAGCUUUUAUCAAAAGAUCGAGAUA